UGAGAAAAUCUUCUUCGACACCUCGUCGUACAUCGCACGUAAGAGUUUUGGAUUUUACUACUCCUAGAAGAGUUUUACAUGAAACUAUCAUAGAACAAGACUCUGUGCAACCUAGCACCAAACCUACUGAUUUUGUUCUUAGUCAAAAUAUUGGUACAGUUUUGUCAGAACAAGUUGACUUUGCCUUAAAUGAAAACAAUAAACAAAUAGCAAACGUCCUAAAUGUUACUACUAAACCUGCAAAUGAUAAUAAAGAAACUGUAACAUAUACAAAGGGUAAUUGGGAUCAUGACUUAAGAGCUAUGAUAGAAAAAGAUAAGGAAGUCUUAUCAAAAGUUAAAACUAAGCAAAAAACAAAAACUACCAAAAAGAAAAAAGAUGACAAAAAGAAGACUGCUGAAAAAGAUGUUUCUGAAAAAAAUAAACGGAGAAAAAGUAAGAGAAAACUUGAGGAAGAAGAUGAGCCUGAUCUCACUAUCAAGCCAGAUGCCAUACCUGUAAAGCCCACCAUAAAUAUUAAGCCUGCCGCAGAAAGGGGAUCAGUUUUAACUAGUACUACAAAAAAAGAAGUUGAAAAUUGUAAUGUGAAAUGUAUCGACGAAGAGAGUAAACAUAACGAAGAACGCACUGACACUCCUGAGGUAGAUCGAAUCGCUUUGCAAAAUGCAAUUGGUGCAAAAUUAAAUAUUUCAGACUUAUUAGAAACACCUUAUAAACAAGUUUUCUAUGAUAUACAAAUGGAAACGCCAAGAUGCCUGGGUCCAGACAUGCCAGAUGAACCAAUGUCUGACAUUAAGAUUAUGAAUAUACCUACUCCUAGAUUUUUGAUAGUCCAAAAUAACACAAGCUACCCCUUCGUCAUAUUCAUCAAGACCAACCGAUUAUUCUAG